AAUAAGGUAACCCUUAUUAGUCUCGUAUCUGAAUUUUGUUUUUCUUUUAACUUGUGUAAAUUUUGUUUUUUAUAAACUUAUCUUAUAUAAUUUUUUUAACCCUUGUAGUAGUAUAAACUACAGUACUCUUUAAGUACUCUUUUACCUUUUUAUUUUAGUUGAAAUACUCCAUAAGUAGAAUUUCAGUAGAUGUACGGGUCGGUUUUGGUGAGGUUAGGUCAGAUCUAAUUUUAAAAUUGAAUCAUGCUAACUUAACGUGUUUAUGCAAGCCAAAAUCUAAACUGAAUAUUUUUGAAUUGAUUUCAAAUCAGGUCAGUCAGAUGAGGUUUUUAACACCUCUAACGAUGAACAUGGAGUUACAGUUGUAAAAUCUACGGAGCAUUUGUUUAAAAUUUACCAGCAGUGAUACAUACAACAUGUUACAGCCAAACCUUUUGACUAUCAAAUCCCAAGAAAGUCCACGGUCAUUUCUUCAACCUAAAAUUCCCUGAUUACCCAUCUCUAACCCCUCUCUACAUAAAUUAAAAAACGAAACCAUUUACAAAAUAACAAAUUCAAGUACUCCAUAUAAUAUAAUAUUACAGUAAAACAACAACCUAGUGACAAGAAGGAAACAAAGGAAAUGAUGAUCACAUCAUAUUUGUUAUUAGAAGACCAAGAGAAGCAAGAGAAAGAGGAGUGGGAAGAAUUUGCUGAUCAAGAGAAAUUCGAUUUCGAGGCGAUUCAUAAGGAAAAAACACAAGCAAUGUUGGAUUACAAUUCAAAUUUGCAGAGUAGCUAUGAGGGUUUGGAUGAAAUUGAUGGAUUAAGGCGAAAGCGAUCGAGGGGAGCUGUGAAUUCUGCAAUGGUUGUUGCUGCUAGUGAAAUGAUUGAGAAAGGCGGUAGUAUUGAGGCUAGCAGUAAGCAAUCUAGUGGUUCAUCAGUGAGCCAUCAGCGACGUUUAUGGGUGAAAGACAGGUCUAAGGAUUGGUGGGAUAAGUGUACUAGCCCUGAUUAUCCUGAGAGUGAGUUUAAGAGGUGGUUUAGGAUGGGAAAAGCAACAUUUGAGUUGAUUUGUGAUGAGUUAAAGGUGGUUGUUGCCAAGGAGAAUACGAUGUUGAGGGCUGCUAUUCCGGUUGAUCAAGGAGUUGCUGUGUGUAUAUAUAGGUUGGCAACAGGCGAGCCGCUUAGGUUGGUGUCUAAGAGAUUUGGUUUGGGGAUUUCAACUUGUCAUAAGAUUGUUCUUGAUGUUUGUGCUGCAAUUAGGUCCGUUUUGAUGCCCAAGUACCUGCAAUGGCCCGAUGAGGAUUCGUUGAGGCAGAUUAAGGAGGAAUUUGAAUCCAUUUCUGGCAUUCCUAAUGUGGUUGGUUCUAUGUAUACAACUCAUAUACCAAUAAUUGCACCUAAGGUUAGUGUGGCUGCUUAUUUCAAUAAGCGCCACACUGAGCGAAUUCAGAAGACUUCGUACUCGAUUACAGUUCAGGGUGUGGUUGAUCCUAGAGGGGUUUUUAGCGACGUGUGCAUAGGAUGGCCUCGAUUAAUGUCUUAAGGGUGAUAGAAAAGAAGUUAUAAUAUGAGCUCCUAUAACAAAUUAACGAGGAAACGAUUCAUAACUGAGUUUCCCUCCUCUCAAAUCUUUUUUUUCUGUCACCACAUUUUUUUUUCUUCCAUUGGCAUGGCUUGCUGUUACAACUUACAAGUGACUCUCUCCUCUUUUUGCAGGAUUGUGUCCAACUCAAUUUUAACCGCUUUGAUAAUCAUGAUGGCUAACCGUAGUUUAAUAUAUUUGAAUGAAAUAUAUAUGUUUGCAAAAUAUACACUAAUAAGUACGAAGUAUAUUAUUUUUAAUAGAUUUUUUUUUCUUAGUAAACUUAAACAAAAAAGUAGUAUUUUAGAAAGAUAUGUCAAAUUGGUUUUUAAGGGAUGGUUACUAUAUUAGAAAAGAUAUAUAUUCACUAUAUUUUUAAAAUAUUUGUUUCUGUAAUUUCGUUAUUUUCUAAAUUAUUUGUUUUUUA